CAUCGUCGACUAUGCAAACACGCCUGACAAAGAGCUGACAGUGGUAAUAGCUUGCCACUCUCACUUUGCUCUUGCUUCUUUUUACCUUUUGUAUUACGUACAACCUUCAGUUAUAAAGAUCCCUCCCUUCACAGUUCGUCAGGUAACUGGCAACACUCACUAGCCCACCAUGGAGAGGAUACGCGUGAGCAAGGUCGAAGAUGUUUACCUCCUUCGUAAAGGAACCCGCUUCGACGGCACACUACACCUCAUGCCCCACCAUAUCGUCUUCAGUUAUCUGCCUAGCACACCUGCAGAUGCCCCCCCAGACGCAAAACCGCCACGGCAGAAAGAAGUAUGGAUAACGUAUCCGAUGAUCAACUACUGCUGCCUCAAACCAUGCCCGCCUGUCCUACGUCAGCAGCCUUCCAUCCGCAUACGGUGUCGCGACUUCACUUUCUUCGCCUUUUUCUUUCCCGACGAGAAAAAGGCGCGCGACGUGUAUGAUAGUAUACGCGCACUUUCUUGCAAGAUUGGAAGACUAGAUAAGCUGCUGGCUUUUACUUACCAACCGAAACCUCCGGAGGAUCAGCAGAACGGGUGGGACAUAUAUGAUGCGCGCCGCGAGUGGAAGCGCUUAGGCAUCAGCUCGAAAGACACAGAGAAAGGCUGGCGGAUAUCAGAAGUCAAUGUAGAAUACAAGUACUCGAAGACAUACCCCGCCCUCCUCGUCGUACCUACCAAAGUCUCGGACAGCGUCCUCAGAUACGCUGGCGAAUAUCGCUCGCGCCAACGGAUACCUGCUCUCGUCUAUCGCCAUCCCAUCAACAACUGUUCAAUAACACGUAGUUCGCAACCCACACCGGGUCUCCGCGGAAACCGGAACCCCCAAGAUGAAAGGCUUGUCGCAGCCAUAUUUGGUACCAAUCGUGGGUGGAAAGCUGCAAAUACCCCAUCUAUGACCCCCCUGGAUUCUACCCCGGACUCGAGCGUAUUGAACCUCAAUGAGUCCAGUGCUAACGGUUCCUUUGUUGGUGUAGUGGACACCGAGGCUAUGAACUCUGCAACGGGAAGAACAACCGUGGAUGACCUUACCGAAUCUUCGGAGACUGAUACUGACAUACCGAAGGUGUACGGAGCCCAACAGCGGAAUCUGAUUGUCGAUGCCAGGCCGACUGUAAACGCAUAUGCCAUGCAAGCCGUUGGACUGGGCUCGGAGAAGAUGGACUACUACCCUGGAGCGGAAAAGGCAUACCUUGGAAUCGACAACAUUCACGUUAUGCGGAAGUCACUCGAUACAGUCAUUGAUGCACUGAAGGAGUCGGACAUAACAUCGUUUCCCCCAAAUAGGCAUUUGCUGGCAAAGAGCAACUGGAUCAAGCACACUGCCAACAUAUUGGAUGGUACAGCACUGAUAGCCCGGACAGUGGGCAUCAUGCACUCGCAUGUUCUGAUCCAUUGCUCAGAUGGUUGGGAUCGCACAAGUCAGCUCAGUGCUCUCAGCCAAAUACUUCUCGACCCGUACUACCGUACACUAGAAGGCUUUAUUGUCCUCGUCGAGAAGGAUUGGCUGUCGUUCGGGCAUAUGUUCCGACACCGGUCCGGUUUCUUAAGUCACGAGAAGUGGUUCACAAUCGAGAACGAAAAAAUAGAGCGCAAGAAUGACGGUCCAGGCGGUAAUCCAUUCGAGAACGCGCUUCGAGGUGCGCGGGGCCUUUUUAAUCGCCAGAAUGAGUCCAACGAGUCACUCAACCAGCUUCCAGAGGCAAAUGGCACCGAAAACGUCGCAGAUGUCACUGACACUGCUUCUCCCAGGCCUACAAAGACUGGAGCGGCAGAGGAACAUCGCGUCACCAAGCCAAACGAGAUGUCACCUGUCUUCCAUCAAUUCCUCGAUUGCGUAUACCAACUACACUAUCAACACCCAACACGCUUCGAAUUUAGUGAACGCUUUCUUCGGCGGCUUCUGUACCACCUAUACUCGUGUCAAUACGGCACUUUUCUCUUCGACAACGAGAAAGAGCGCGUGGAUACUAAAGCCAAAGAACGGACAAGGAGCGUAUGGGACUACUUCCUCUGCCGCAAACAGGAAUUCAUGAACCCCAAAUACGAGCCAGAAGUUGAUGAUGCGGUGCGCGGCAAAGAACGCAUGAUCUUCCCUCGCAAAGGCGAGGCUAGAUGGUGGGCCGAGUGCUUUGGGAGGACUGAUGAGGAAAUGAAUGUUUUUGGGCCUCAGGCACCGCCGAAUCUUACGCCGCAGACGAGCAAUACUGGUAGUAAUGGAAAUGGAAGGAGUGGAGCGAGUACGCCGAGUCCUGAAGAACGCAUCGUUAUAGGGACGGAGACGGCUGAGGGUGCGACGGGUGCCGGAACGACGGUUCAUCCACCGCCCAUACAUGCGGUCGGUGAACAAGCGAAUACUGUUUCUAACACGCCGACGCCAUUCGAUGCCGCUGCAGCGUUAGGACAAGAUCUAAGGCAAGGUUUCGUCGCUAGCAUAGAGAAGCUGGGCAUCGGUGGCCCAGGUGGAGCCGGGAGAAGUAGAGGGGCGAGCCCAGCGUCAAGGGAUAGCAGGCUAAGCGAAGCUGCUGGAACGGAGGCAACGCCACUCAGCGCGGGUUCCAACAACGAAGUAACGACACGAAGUACGAAUUUAGGUGGGCAAAAUGGGAAGGGGAGGAGUCAGAGUCAGAAUCGUAGUGAAGAGGUUAGGAAGGAGGUUGAGGUUGAGUUGCAAUGAUACAAGAGGAGUGGAUGUAUCUGGAUAUGAAGAAGUCACUUAUGAUGGGCAGAUUCAAUGCACGAAGCAUAUGAUGGUGGGUGGUACAAUGAGAUGCGAGUACCCAGUUAACAUGACCAAGAAUGAAUGGAUGAUACCCACUAGGACCAAUUUAACCCACUGAAACCCUUUGGCUUCAGCUCGUUGUGAGGUGACGGCCACUGUACUCUCUCCACUAGCAUCCCCCUUAACCUGCAAAGCAGAUGCAUGGUCGUUUUCUCUGAAAGUCCGCCAGGAGAGAACUUCUGUCAGUAUGUAUCUUAAUCAAGUCUCAGUGGACCUUCUAUUGUCAAAAAGUGAAAAGCGAAUCGGCUCGGGACGAUAAGGGGUGAAAUAUGCUCAUCAGUGUAGACUUACGGCUGAGAGAAAACCUUGACCGAAUACAAAAAGAAACUUGAGCGUCAGCAAGCAAGCGCUGCUCGGCUGAUCUACAUUGCGG